CCCCUCUCAGAAAAGCAUUGACUAAGUGCUAACUGGCCUCGACUGUAGGUGCACCUAGAACCGGUAGCGACUCGCUAGUUGUGAUAUUUUACUAUCGAAUCGGCUGAGACUUUAGUGCGCUGAAAACGCCAGAAAGCGAUCGGCAGGAAAAUGUGGAGGAGCUGGUUCGUGUUCGUUCUUUUGGUGGAAAGCGGCCUGAUGGAAAUGGAGAGCCCAUCGCCCAAUAUCAUCGUGAUUAUGGCCGACGAUAUGGGUUUUAACGACGUCAGUUUCCACGGCAGCAGUGAAAUUCCCACACCAAACAUCGAUGCCCUGGCGUACAACGGGGUCAUCCUAAACAGCCACUACACGCAAUCCUUAUGCACCCCCUCGAGGUCUACUUUCCUCACCGGAAAAUACCCCAUACACACAGGUAUGCAACAUUCAGUUAUACUGGAGACAGAGCCUUGGGGACUUCCCCUAAACGAGACACUUCUUCCGGAGCUAUUGAAAAAUAAAGGUUACGCCACUCAUGCCAUAGGAAAAUGGCAUUUGGGCUUCUUUAAAAAGGAUUAUACUCCAACUUUCAGAGGAUUCGACAGCCAUUUUGGCUACUGGCAGGGCUACCAAGAUUACUACUCUCACAUGACCAAAGCUACCUACAGUGGUGAAAUAGGCUACGACAUGCGAAGAAACCUCGAGGUAGAUUACGAAGCAAAAGGCAAAUACAGCACCACAUUGUUCACUGAAGAAGCCGUUAAAUUGAUUCGACAACACAACACCUCCAAACCGAUGUUCCUGUACAUGGCCCACCUGGCUCCGCACGCGGGGCUUCCCUCAGAACCCUUGCAGGCACCCGACGAGGAAGUGUACAAAUUCGCGCACAUAUUGGACCCGGAACGGCGCGUUUACGCCGCGAUGGUUUCGAUGCUGGAUAAGAGCGUGGGGGACGUGGUGAAAGCGCUGAGGGACAGGCGAAUGCUGCAGAACUCGGUGAUUCUUUUCCUGUCGGACAACGGGGCGGCGCCGACAGGGGUCCACGCGAACCGGGGCUCGAAUUAUCCGUUUCGAGGGAUGAAGCACUCCGCUUGGGAAGGAGGAACGAGGAAUAUCGCGGCGAUUUGGUCGCCUCUAAUUAAAAAACCACGAAGAGUUUCUAACCAUUUGAUGCACAUAUCCGAUUGGCUGCCAACGUUCUCUUCGAUUGCUGGCUUGGACUCGUCCAAAACUCCCAAAAUCGACGGUCUGGACAUGUGGAAGUCCAUUUCCGAGGACGAAAGCAGUCCCAGAACGGAGAUUCUCUACAACAUCGACGACACGGGGCGAUGGGGAGGCGUUAGACAAGGCGAAUGGAAAUAUGUCUACGGUUCCACUAGCAACGGCGUAAAAGACAUAUGGUACCCAAGCAACGUGAUCCGAUCAUACGACGUCGAUCAAGUUCUAUCAUCGAAAACCGCCAUUACCUUAGCGGGAUUGAUAACCCAGCAAAACAUUAAAAACAAGCACUCCGACAGCCCGAACGAGGAUCUCAGAAUUAUCAACAAACGCGACGUGGAAGACCUGCGGGCCAAGGCUACGAUUUUUUGCGACGACGUCGAGGAUCAACUCGAUGAAAACAAAUGCGAUUUACUGAAGUCUCCUUGCUUGUUCAACAUAUACGACGAUCCCUGCGAGAGUGUCAACCUGGCUAAGCGUCGACCAAACAUCGUCCACAACCUGGAACAACUGUUGCUCGAGUACAGGAAGGACAUGGUACCGGCGCUGAAUCAACCGGCAGAUCCGGCAGCCGAUCCGGUCUUAUGGAACAACACAUGGAGCAGCUGGCGGGACUGCAAGAACGUGGUGAAGCAGAAGAUCAACGGCAGCUUCUCAUCGGUGAGCGCCAUGAACUUGGGGCUGAUCGCGUGCUCGUGCGUGGUGGUGCUCCUCAUGGUCCUGGGCCUGUCCAAUCUGGCCAAUAAGGAGCGGUUGAAAGAGGAGCAGCGCAAGGCGCAGAGCUUGUUAAGUGAGAAUACCGUUUGCUGAAUACGCGAUGGUGAGAGGUAAAGGGUCCUAUUCACGUUGUGAUCGGUAUCGAUACCUGGCGCAAGUAUCAGUAUCUCGAUGGUAGAUGGUUUAGCUAGUAUAGAUGAAUCCAUCUUAUUAUUCUCAUUAAACAUCUCAGUGUAGGAACAGUUAUUGUGCAGAUACAAACUUCAGAUACUUGUAUCGCCAUUUUUUGUAGUGAUACACGUAUCGAUACCGAUUUCAACGUGAAUGGGGGGCCCCUAUAAUGAAUGAGUUUUAGAUAUCUUGGAUGUCACUGUUCUUAUUAUUAAAGAAUUGUGUAACUCUCCCCAUUAGGCUAGUUGAACUAUUGUGUUUUUAUCUUGUAAAAACAAUUCUUAGUUCAUAAUUUUUUGUAAAAACUUGUAAAUAAAAUACUUACUUAA